AUGCCGUGUACCAUUCAUAUGUCGGAGAUCUGCAUACAGAUAUAUGGAGGUGUCACCAGAAAUACGGUACAGAGACACCGCAUCCCGACUUCUACUCCAUGGGCUAAGCUAACACGCAGUUUAAUAGGGGAUGUGGUGCGAUACGGGCCUAACCGGAUAGUGAUCGAUUCAGAGUAUGGACUGAAAGCAAUAUACGGCCACGGCGCCAACGUCCAUAAAUCUAAGGGUUAUGAGCGGGUGUCGUUCAUUCCGAAAGUUCACGCGACUCUAUGCACACUCGACGACGCCAGACACAAAUUCUAUCGUCGCCUGAUGAACCAGGGAUUAUCUGACACUAAUAUUCGACGGAUGGACAACAAGCUAAAGAGCAUUGCAUCCUUAUUUGCUAGCUCCCUGGGUGAGCCAACCGAUCGUUUCCACAAGUCUGAAGACCCUGCUGGUGAUGGAUGGAGUGUUCCCAAGAAUAUGAGCCACUGGUGCGACUACUUCACCUUCGACGUAAUGUCCGAGCUCGUGUUCAGCAAAUCCUAUAAUCUACUCACCGACAGUACAAACCACUGGAUUAUCGAAGGAGUCCUAGGUCAAAUGCAGCGCUUCGGAUUCCUUUUGCAACUCCCCGAACUUGAAACAUUGAAACUCAACCACCUUUUCUUUCCCGAGGCCCGUCGAAGAGCCAUACGGUUCUCAGCGAAAGCAAGAGAGAUUAUGCAAGAGCGACAGUCACGGCAAAAGGAAGAGCUGAACGAUAUUCUUGGCAACUUACUCGCAGCCAAAGACCCGGAAACCGGGGAGGGUCUGCCGAACGCCCAGCUUUGGGUUGAUACUAAUCUGUUGAUCAUUGCGGGCUCCGAUACCUCAUCCACCGGCAUGGCCGCCCUCUUUUUCUACCUCUCCCGUAACCCCACAGCGUACGACCGUGUUAUAAAAGAAGUCCGAGCUGUCUUCAACAACCCGGAAGAGGUAGCACAGGGCCCCCUGCUUAAUUCCUGCAUAUACCUCCGUGCGUGCAUCUCGGAAGCAAUCCGUCUCUGCCCUGCCGUCAGCGGAGCUCUUUGGCGCGAAGUGCUGGACGGUGGCCUUUCAAUUCCAGAAAUGAACAUACACAUACCCGCAGGCUGUGAAGUUGGCACGGGGAUAUGGUCUCUUAACCAUAACGAGAAGUACUUUCCCGACCCCUUUGCGUUUAGACCUGAACGCUGGAUUGCUGAAGAGAGCGGCGACGAAGCCGUCACUUUGGCUAAGAGUGCGCUGGCUUCGUUCUCAGUUGGACCGAGGAAUUGUGUGGGGAAAGGGUUAGCUAUUAUUGAGAUUUCGUUGGCGAUAGCCGCCGUGAUCUCUCAGUAUGACUUUCGUAAGGCAGAGACGAGAUGCACAGAAGUGGGUGAGGGGAAGGGAGAGUUUAAGGGACAGUUCCAGACGUCUUGGGCGUUUACGAGUUUGAAGGAUGGGCCGUAUAUUCAAUUUCGGAAAUACAUGCCUGGGUCUAACUGA